UGCAGAUUUCUGGCUUUUCAGGAUUUCCAUACCAGACUGGCAGCAACAUCCUGCUUGGAAUCUUCUCUUCAAUGUCCUUGUGGCUCCAACUCCAAAAAAAAGACACAAUCUUUUUACAAGUCUGAAAUUCUGGGAUUUGUUCUUAUCACCUACAAUCAGCAACAUUUCAACCCAAUCCAGAAUUCUCAACAAGAUCCAGAGAAAAGCAUGCCAGGAGGACAGAAGUCUCUGCUUUGGUUUUUAACCUGCAUUACCUGGCUCCUGAUUCUUCCAGCUGAGGGACAAGAGGCUCCUGGGCCUGAAGUGAUGACUCAGUUUGGUCGAGUCCGGGGGAAACAGGUCACUGUCAAGGGAACUGAGCAUCGUGUGGAUGUUUUCCUGGGAAUCCCAUUUGCCAAUCCCCCAGUGGGAGCUGGGAGAUUCUCUCCCCCACAGCCUGCUGAGCCUUGGGAGGGCAUAAGAGAUGCCACUACAUUCCCUCCAAUGUGUUUGCAGGAGGUAGAAAGGACAGAACUUAUGAAAAACACUUUAGAUGGGAAGCAGCAACUCUUCCCAAUAUCUGAAGACUGUCUCUAUCUUAACAUCUACACCCCAGCCUCCAGACACAAGAAGGCUAAGUUACCUGUGAUGGUUUGGUUCCAUGGGGGAUCAUUUGUAAUUGGAACAGCUUCCUCAUAUGAUGGGUCACCUUUAUCAGCCUAUGAAGAUAUUGUGGUGGUAACAGUACAAUACAGACUGGGAUUCCAGGGAUUUUUGAGCACUGGGGAUAAGUUUGCACCUGGUAACUGGGGAUUCUUGGAUCUGGUGGCUGCUUUACAAUGGGUCCAGAGCAACAUUGUUCACUUUGGAGGAGACCCCAACUGUGUGACCAUCUCUGGACAAUCUGCAGGAGGAAUGUGUGUCUCUGCACUUGUGCUGUCUCCUAUGACCAAAGGUCUAUUCCAUAAAGCCAUUGCACAGAGUGGGGUUCUCACCAUGUCAGGUAUAGUCACAGACCACCCUCAGCACACUUUUCAGGAGAUUGUUUGCCUUUUUGGCUGUGAAGGUUCCAACUCAGCUGCUUUGUUCCAGUGCUUACAGAAUAAAGAAAACAUGAUAUUCAACAGGAAAUUCUCAACCCUACCUUUUGUCCCAGCCACUGUGGAUGGUGUUUUCUUACCAAAGUUCCCAGAAGAGCUCCUCUUAGAGAAAAAAUUUCCGAGAAUUCCCUAUUUGCUUGGAGUCAACAAUCAUGAGUUUGGUCACAUGAUACCUUCGGCAUGGACGUUCCUAAACAUGAAAACUGGAAUGAAAAAAGAAUCAGUAUUCCCCUUUUUGAAGAAAGUAGCCACUAAUGUCCUGGACAUCCCCCCUGAGUUGAUCCAUUUAGUUAUAGAAGAGUACAUUGGUAACCACACAGACCCACUAGCCAUUCAGGAAGCAGUUAUGGAUAUAUUUGGAGAUGUAAUUAUAAUUAUUCAAGUUCUGAAGGUAUCAAAGAAUCACAGAGAUUCUGGAGCUCCAGUCUAUUUAUAUGAAUUCCAGCAUCGGCCAAGUACUUUCGAUAAAAUCAAACCUACUUAUGUAAAAGCUGACCAUUCCGCUGAGCUCACAUUCGUUUUUGGAGGCCCUUUCAUGGCAGAUGAGCACUCCAUGUUGGCUUUUCCAGACUCCACUGAAGAAGAGAAACAGCUAAGCAGAACAAUGAUGAGGUACUGGGCCAAUUUCAUUCGGACAGGGGAUCCCAAUGAAGAAGGGCUGCCGACUUGGCCUCUCUAUGACCAAUCAGAGUCAUACCUAGAGCUCAGCUUGACUCCAAAGGUGGGAAGAAAACUCAAAGAGGACAAAGUGGAGUUUUGGGAAAAAAUCGCUGAUGAAAAAGUUAAGCUAUAUCAUAAAGGAAAGAAGGGGCAUACUGAAUUGUGAUUUCACUAAUAAUGAACUAACAACACAACAAGACCAAAAACAUUUUAAAAGAUAGUUUUAAGAUCUUGGUAAAUUUUGUGUAUUGUGUAUAUUUACACAAUUGUGUAUAUUUACAAUCACAAGCCAAACAAUCAAAAUAACUAAAAUAAUGAUAACAAUAGUGAUGAUGUUAAUAAAUAUCUGACUACUCUAUUUUAAGCACUUGAAGGGACAUGUUUUAUUUGUCUUUUUAACAGCCUGAUCAUAGACCAUUGCACAAAAUGAGAACUUA